UGUAGUGCAGUGUGCUGUUGCUCCAGUAGAAGUCGCUGCUCUCACUGUUUUCAUCGCAGCAGCACUUUUAGAGGAAGAAAGCGACCGGACGGCUCACACACGCCGACAACCUACCCAAACCUCCAAAAACCACUUGAAUUUAUAUUUUAGAGCAAAAAUGACGACUGCACCAUAUAACUAUUCCUAUAUUUUCAAAUAUAUCAUUAUUGGUGACAUGGGGGUUGGAAAGUCAUGUUUACUCCACCAGUUCACAGAAAAGAAAUUUAUGGCUGACUGUCCUCAUACAAUUGGUGUUGAGUUUGGCACACGAAUAAUUGAAGUGAGCGGGCAGAAGGUGAAGCUUCAGAUUUGGGACACGGCAGGGCAGGAGAGAUUCCGUGCUGUCACACGCAGCUACUACAGAGGAGCCGCCGGGGCCCUCAUGGUGUAUGACAUCACCAGGCGAAGCACAUACAACCACCUCAGCAGCUGGCUGACUGAUGCCAGGAAUCUCACCAACCCCAAUACUGUGAUCAUUCUAAUUGGUAACAAAGCAGACCUAGAAGCCCAGCGUGAUGUCACAUAUGAAGAGGCCAAACAGUUUGCUGAAGAAAACGGUUUGUUAUUCCUUGAGGCAAGCGCAAAAACAGGUGAGAAUGUGGAGGAUGCUUUCCUUGAGGCCGCAAAGAAGAUCUACCAGAACAUUCAAGACGGCAGCCUGGACCUGAACGCGGCUGAAUCAGGGGUCCAGCAUAAGCCUACCGCCCCCCAGGGUGGGCGGCUCAGCAGCGACGCACAACCUCAGAAGGAGGGGUGCAGCUGUUAAUGACCAUGGAGACUUCACUCUCUCUUUCUCUAUUUCCCCCCCCCAGAUCUCACCUCUGCCUCCCUCUGUAUCUAAAUGUCUCUCCCCUUCCAGUAUGAUUGCUCAUGGAGACUGGGGCCAGAUGGCUCUGCGUGAUGGAGGUGUAACAUAAUUCAUGCUCUCUUCUUUCCCACCUCCCCUUCUGUCUUCCCUCACUUGUUUUGCUUGUUUCUCAUACGCACACAUCCCAGUGCUCCCAUUAAGCACUCAUGGGAGGACAGCUCCUCCGCUGAACACUAAUCCUGAAGAGAGAAGAUGAUUGUCGAUAAACUGAAGAAAUGCCGGGUUUAUCCUUUACAGACGUGAUGUGCAUAACUAUAAACUAAACAUCUCAUGUACAGGAGCUGUCUGAAUACUAGAGUAAUGUAAAUGAAACGGAAAUAUUGGCAAACAUUAUUCGUGUUGAAGUGAUUAGGAGGACAUGCAUCAACAUUGUAUGUAACAUUUUGUUUAAAAUCUAAAACUGAAAUAUUGUAUUCUGUUUUAAAUUAGAGUUUUUGCAGUUCACAUCCAAUCACCAAAUAUUUAUCCCUGUUUGUACCUAUUCAGGAAAUAAUAUACAUGUACUAUACAAGAUUAGUAUUGUUUUGAGAAGAAUCUCAAUGGAAGGUCCAUUGUUAAAAAAAAAAAAAAAAAAUCAUCUUUGGUCGUUUCAGACGCAGUUAUUUUAACUUAGUAACUGUUAUAGUAAUAUAUUGAAGAGGAUGGGACAUAUUUUAUGUCCUGAAGAAUGUUUUCCGCACUUUGCAGUUUUGAUUUGGUUUUUCCGAGGGCCUGGGGCUGGUUUUGUGUAAAGAUAUUAAGUCUGAGAGGUUUCAGAUCCCCUUUUGGUCUGUUUUUGAGCGUCUGAAAUAUUUCGACAUCACAGUAGCUGAAGAAACAGACCAGCAGGAGAAACGUACCAAAUCUUCAGGCCCUGCAAAUCGUCAUCAUAUCAAGAUAUUCAUACUGUUUUUACAUUGAUAAUUUCAGUUGCCUUAUGAUUUGCUUUUGUUCACUCUGAUGUGCUGCCCAUUUUAUUCAUAAUCCUCUUGUAGCUUUUAUCGAAAGAAUUCCAGCGAUUCACUUGUAAUAGAGAUUUUGCCUUUUCAAAACAUUCCAUUAAAUUGAUUUCCAAACACUGAUCAUCUUUUGCGCCGAGCUGAGUUUCUUAAAAGUUUCUUAAGCAUGAUGCACGAUAGUACUGCUUUUACAGGCAUCAUGGUUUCCCCCCCAAUCCAAAGGGAGUUAUUAACACCCUACAAUUUAUGAAUAUAUAACAAACAGGCCACCACAGCAUGGGAAAUAUCAUUGUGGGAAAUUUGGCCCAGAGCUGAUUUGUACAGCAGCUUGAAAAAACAACUUAAAAUGGGCUGAUGUGACUAGCUAUUUUCUUUUUCCAUAGAUGCACAUUUGCAGUGGACAGAUAAAAAUGGCAGAAACAAGCACUCCAAAUAUGAUUUUCUAUAAAAAAAAAAAAAAAAGAAUUGUGUAUUACAGUAGAUUUUAGAUGUUUUGUAAACUGAAAAUCCAUUUUUAAUUUCUUUUUACUGUCUUGCUUUUUCACAUCUUAAUGACAUCUGCAAAAAUUAAUCUUCUGCUCUUGAACUCAAGUAUGUCUUCUGACUGUAAGUGACUUUUAUUUGUAAUUAUGUUAAUAAAGACGAUACUGUAGACUGA